AUGCAACAACUGUCAGCAGUUUCUCUUGUAUCAUACUUGCAUUCUUUACAUAAGUGGAAUGUGAAGAAUUCAUGGGGGCUUCCCAAAGAGUCAGUCAGGGCUGUUAAGCAAUUUCCCUGUUGCAUGGAACAGCUACAGCAACCAAGAUAUCUAGAGUUAGAAGUUCUGCAAACUUUUAAGGUGCUAGAAGAAAUGAUUACUCUGCUUGCUUUUACAUUCAUUUUUGGCGAUGUUUACAGCAACAUGCAACCCAACAAGCCUUUGUAUAUAUCAGAAAAUGGCCUUCAGCUGUCUGUAGUCACUGAGCAGAUCAAAGUGCUCGUGCGACGUGGUGACAACGCCACUCUGCCGUGCAGGCUAAACCGUAGUUCUCAAACCUCCUUUGACAGCAGUGAAAUGAGAGUCAAAUGGACCAAGCUUCCACAGCAUUCCUCAGAGGAGACUUUUGUACUGGUGUCUGUAGGUAUCUACAGGAAAACCUAUGGCACCUUCAACCAUCGUGUGUACCUACAAGAAGCAGAUGAAAAUGAUGCCUCACUGAUAAUCACUAAUGUCACCCUAGAUGAUUAUGGAAACUAUAAAUGUGAGGUCAUCAGUGGUCUGGAUGACAGCACUAAUGUGGUUUCUCUCGAGCUGGAAGGGGUGGUGUUUCCAUAUUCCCCAAGACUGGGGCGCUACAACCUGAAUUACCAUGAUGCUGCUACGGCAUGCCUGGAGCAAGAUGCUGUCGUGGCCUCUUUCGACCAGCUGUUUGAUGCUUGGGUAGCAGGUCUUGACUGGUGCAAUGCAGGAUGGCUCAGUGAUGGCUCUGUGCAGUACCCCAUCACUACUCCUCGAGAACCCUGUGGGGGAAAGAACACUGUUGCAGGUGUAAGAAGCUAUGGGCAACGGGAUAAAGAUCAGGCACGCUAUGAUGUCUUCUGCUUCACUUCAGAUUACAGAGGGCGAUUCUACUUCCUGAUACACCCAAGUAAACUCACAUACAAAGAGGCGGUGCAGGCUUGCAAGAAUGAUGGUGCAGAGAUUGCCAAAGUUGGGCAGAUUUACGCUGCAUGGAAGCUGCUGGGCUUUGAUCGCUGUGAUGCUGGUUGGCUAGCAGAUGGCAGUGUUCGCUAUCCCAUCUCUAACCCCCGGAGAAACUGCAGCCCCACUGAGGCUGCAGUGCGUUUUGUUGGCUUCCCUGACAAAAAACUCAAGUUGUAUGGCGUCUACUGCUUCAAGGCCUCCAAGUGA